AUGUACUCCUCCGGCUAUAGUACCAUAGUAACUGCAGUCGAUAUACAGUUUGGAGCAGGCUGUGGCCAGGUGCUGAGAGGAGCAGCUUGUUUGAAGAAGAACAUGUUAGACUCCUAUUUUCUGAAGGAGGUGGAUGAUGAACAGGUGGCCUUGUUUGAAUUCAACAAAGGCUGGAAGCUCUCUGGGAUCCAAAAGUCGUAUUAUAACUGUCUAGUUAAAGAACUGGGAGGCUUUGGCACAGACCCUGGCAAAUUCAUUUGGCCAACCAGUGUGACCAUGACUCUGGAUGGAGAUCUGGCUGUAAAAGACAGUGGAAAUGAACAGAUUCAGCUCUUCUGCUCUGAAGGUCUCUAUAAACAUAGAUUUUCCUAUGGAUCUGGGCCAGUAAAAGGUCUGGGAGAUAUAGUAUGUAUACAAGAUGGCUUGUUGCUUGUGACAGAUGGAUCCAAAGCUAUCAAGGUCUUCUCUAGAGAUGGUGAGAUGAUCCAUCAUCUAAAAUCUCCAGACAUGGACUGGAAUCAUUCCUAUGGGAUGGCAAUCCUGAAGUCCAAUGAUAUUGCAAUAACUGACUGGACAGAUUUGGGAAAAAUGCACAUAAUUAGGAUCGACUUGAGAAUGAGUGCUAUCACGAGGAUGUAUGUGAUGGAUGGGUUCCAUAGACCAGAGCACAUUGCAGUCAAUAAGAGAGAAGAGAUGCUGGUUACCGAAGGGCAGCUUUUUGGAAAAAAACAAGGCUCCUGUCUCAAGGUCGUGAACAAAGAUAGAAUUCAGAAGAAGACCACUGGACCAAGCUAUGAAAACAGGAUCACCUUUGUAAACCCCUCUGGAGUCUGUGUUGAUUUUGAUGAGAAUUUCUUUGUAGCAGAUAGAGGACAAAACUACAUAGUGAUGUUUAAUCCUGAUGCAUCCCUGGUUGCUUUGGUAGUAACUGAAAAUUUAGAAGGCCCUUGUACUGAUGUUUGA